CGCACAGAACGGGCUUUUGGAUACGGUAGAUAGAUACUUAUCUUUGCCCCCCCUACGCACGCUUCUUCCCUUGCAAAUAUAAAUAUCUUUGUCAACAGCUUCUCUCUCAUUUCCAUCCUUCUUCAGCUAUUGUGCAAUUGAACAAGUUAAGAAUAUGGGAACCGAACUGAGGUCGGUGGCUGCAACUCUAUUUCUAUGCCUGCUAUUGUUUCCUUUGGUGUUUUCUGCAUCCAAUGAUGGCUUGGUCAGAAUUGGGCUUAAGAAGAGGAAUCUUGAGCGGAAUAGCCAAGUUGCUUCCCAGAUUGACACCAAAGAAGGCAAGGCUUUGAAGGCAUCUAUUCGAAAUUAUCGUCUUCAUGGGAACCUCGGUGAUCCUGAGGACAUUGAUAUUAUUGAAUUGAAGAAUUACAUGGAUGCCCAGUAUUUUGGUGAGAUUGGUAUUGGUUCACCACCCCAGAAGUUUACUGUGAUUUUUGACACUGGUAGUUCUAAUUUGUGGGUUCCUUCUUCUAAGUGUUAUUUCUCGGUGGCUUGCUAUUUACAUUCGAAGUACAAAUCACGCAGUUCAAGUACCUAUAAGAAGAAUGGUAAAUCUGCUGCUAUCCAGUAUGGAACUGGGGCUAUAUCAGGCUUCUUCAGUGAAGACAAUGUGAAAGUUGGUGAUCUUGUGGUUAAAGAUCAGGAAUUUAUUGAGGCAACAAAAGAACCAGGCAUUACAUUUGUGUUAGCCAAGUUUGAUGGUAUACUUGGACUUGGGUUUCAAGAGAUUUCAGUUGGAAAUGCUGUACCAGUGUGGUACAACAUGGUCAAUCAAGGUCUUGUUAAGGAACCAGUUUUCUCAUUUUGGUUUAACCGCAAUGCCGAUGAAGAAGAAGGUGGUGAAAUUGUCUUUGGUGGAGUUGAUCCAAAUCAUUACAAGGGUGAGCACACUUAUGUUCCUGUUACCCGGAAAGGCUACUGGCAGUUUGAUAUGGGUGAUGUUUUGAUUGAUGGUCAAUCAACUGGGUUCUGUGCUGGUGGUUGCUCCGCAAUUGCUGAUUCUGGAACCUCCUUACUGGCUGGUCCCACGAGUAUUAUUACAGAGCUGAAUCAUGCCAUUGGAGCUUCUGGGGUUGUAAGUGAAGAAUGCAAGGCCAUAGUUGCACAAUAUGGAGAAACUAUAAUCGAGAGUUUGACAAAGGAUCACCCCGAAAGAGUGUGCUCUCAAAUUGGUUUAUGUUCUUUUGAUGGGAUUCGUGAUGUGAGCAUGGGAAUUGAGAGUGUUGUGGAUGAGAACGUUGGCAAGGCAUCUGGUGCUGUGCAUGGUGCAAUGUGCUCUGCUUGUGAAUUGGCAGUUGUAUGGAUGCAAAACCAGCUUAAGCAGAACCAAACACAGGAGCAAAUUCUUAACUAUGUGAAUCAGCUGUGCGAACGGCUGCCUAGCCCUAUGGGAGAAUCAGCAGUCGACUGUGAAAGUUUGUCUUCAAUGCCUAAUGUUACAUUUACCAUUGGUGGGAAGAAAUUUGACCUUGCCCCUGAGCAGUACGUCCUCAAAAUUGCUCAGGGAGAUGUAGCUCAGUGCAUUAGUGGAUUUUCAGCUUUAGAUGUGCCACCCCCUCGUGGACCUCUCUGGAUCCUAGGGGAUGUGUUCAUGGGUCGCUACCACUCCGUGUUCGACUAUGGCAACAUGAGAAUCGGAUUUGCAGAAGCUGCAUAAAUAUUAAUCUAAGUGCAUGCUUUCAUUUUGGACUCCUUUGCCUGUUUGUAUGUUCUUCUGCUAACUCCCCUUUUCUCUGGAGUUACAUAAUAAUCUCAUUCUACGGUACUUAAAAGUGUGCUAAUAUAUGACAAAUAUAUGUAAAUAUUAGCCGAGUUUAUGAAUUUCAUGUUGGCCAUCCGUUAUUGCUUUUACUAUGGAUGGAGGAAUUUGGAUCGUUUUAGUUAUUGAUCCAUGUAUUUACAGCAGUGUAUUGGUAUUUGGAGCUCAAUUUUCUGGUAUAUUUCAAUGUGUAGAUUCCAUUUCUUUUUUUC